GUGAAAGCAAACCCUCAGAAGGAUAAAGGCAAACAUGAUUUUUAAGUAUAUUCAAAAGCCCAACCUCAAGGCAUUAUUUCGCUCUCGAGAUUCACUGAUCUACUUAAAUAGAUCCAUAGAUCAAAUGGGAUGGAGGCUGCCGCCAAGAACUAAGCCACUUUGGUGGCUUUACUAUAUUUGGUCCUUGAUGGUCGUAGUAUUCGUCUUUAUAUUCAUACCAUACGGUCUUAUAAUGACUGGAGUAAAGGAGUUCAAGAACUUCACGACUACCGAUCUGUUCACGUAUGUUCAGGUACCGGUUAAUACCAAUGCCUCCAUAAUGAAAGGAAUUAUUGUGUUGUUCAUGCGAGGAAGAUUUUCCAAGGCCCAAAAGAUGAUGGACCUAAUGGACGUUCGUUGCACUAAGAUGGAGGAGAAGAUCCAGGUGCAUCGGUCAGCGGCUUUAUGUAAUCGGGUUGUGGUUAUCUACCAUAGCAUAUAUUUCGGUUACCUAACCAUGGCCGUAACCGGAGCUUUGGUAAUUGGAAAGACUCCAUUCUGUCUCUAUAACCCACUGGUCAACCCGGUUGACCAUUUCUAUCUGGCCACUGCUAUCGAAUCGGUCACAAUGAUUGGUAUUAUUUUGGCUAACCUCAUUUUAGACGUUUAUCCCAUCAUCUAUGUGGUCAUAUUGCGGACCCAUCUUGAACUUUUGCGUCUGCGAGUAAAAGAUCUUCGAUCAGAUUUGGAUAAAGGAAGUGACCAACAUUAUGAGGAACUGGUGGGGUGUGUAAAGGAUCACAAGUUGAUUAUCGAAUAUGGAAACACUCUGCGUCCCAUGAUAUCGGCCACGAUGUUCAUACAAUUGCUGUCCGUCGGUCUACUUUUGGGACUGGCAGCGGUUUCCAUGCAGUUUUAUAAUACCGUAAUGGAACGCCUGGUCUCUGGAGUCUAUACCAUAGCCAUACUUUCCCAAACCUUUCCGUUUUGCUAUGUCUGUGAGCAACUGAACAGUGACUGCGAGUCCUUAACCAGCACAGUGUUCCAUUCCACGUGGAUCGGGGCAGAGCGUCGUUAUAGAACCACGAUGCUGUACUUCAUUCAUAAUGUCCAGCAGUCGAUUCUGUUCACCGCGGGCGGAAUUUUCCCCAUUUGCUUGAACACCAAUAUUAAGAUGGCCAAGUUCGCUUUCUCGGUGGUAACCAUUGUGAAUGAAAUGGACUUAGCGGAGAAAUUGAGAAGGGAGUAA